CUAUUCCAAAAGGUCACAGAUCAUAAGGCCGCACUUGGCCACGAGGAACCAAAAUAGUGCGAAGCCUUAUCCAAAACAUUUCUAACAGUUUUGCCCCAAUAACAUAUUCUCUAGUCUUUGUUUUGGUAACGGCAAGAAAAACCCUCUGUGAUGAGGGUACAUCCCUCAACAUGGAGAAAAAGAUCCAGCCUUAAUCUUAAAACUGAAGACUAGAUCCUUCGCUCUCAGAGCUAAUUCCGCACUCGACUAAUUUUUCGUCCCACCCAUGAAGUGACUUUCCGGUCACCCUUUCUCUGAGUUGCUUUGGAGUGGAAGUGUUCAGUGGUCACUUACUGAUCAGUGCGUCCGUUGGGUCCGUUCGCCGUCAAUCUCCGCAGACUCCGUACUCCGUACGACUCUCAUUAACAGUACAUACCUACCGUACAACGGCACGCUCCAUCCCUCCAUCCUAUGCUCCACCCUACAUAGACUUGGUGUCCUGGGUGGCCGAGAUUCUAGUGCGGGUGGGCGCGGUUUGUGGUGGUGAACUGGUCCGGCGUGGAUACAUGCUCGAUAAUGACCCUGCAUUGGAUGAAGAGGUGAUUGAUUAACCAUGGAACCCGUUGAAACGGUGGCCGAUCGGGGUGAAGUCAACGACGAUAACAAAACCUCUUCCUCCUCGCCCUCUUCGGCCGAUUUCGAAAUGUUGCCGCAUACGGCUCAGCCCGCACAGCCGCACACAGACCCGCCUGCGGGUGAUACGGAUCCGCAUUUGGACUUGCAGGGUGGGAAUCGCGAAGAUCUGGCCCGAACCCUUUCAGAUUGCCUGCAGUCCUCGCCGGAGGAAGAGGCGGCUAAUGCGGUUCCUGCUGUGCCUGCGGUUCAGAGCAUGGUAAAUGAGAGUUUGCACGAAGAGGAAGAAGAGGAGGACGGUCCAGAUGGCGAAAAUGCCACCAUUUUUCAUCGGAUUUACUAUUUGGGCGCGGAGGCCAUUGAGCAUCCCAAAGAUGAGGCCAUGAUUCAAGAUCACAUGAUGGAGAUUAACCGUGGCCGUGAUGCGGUGUCGGUGCGGCUCAGCGUGCCGCGCACCUCUGACGGUCGGGUGAGUCUACGAAGGGAGACGCCUGAAGAGCUCAUGUUCCGCCUACCGGUCAACCGCAUUAUCUACUUUGCCCGUGGCACGGCCGAAUCGCGGUGCUUCGCUCUGACUUCCAUCAAAUUGGAUCGUGAUGGGGUGGCCUUCGAGCCCCGCACUUUUCAAAUCCAUGUAUUUCGUUGCGCGGUGGCUGAGGCCGUGGACAAGGUCUUUGUGUCCUUUGCUCAGACCUUUAAACGGGCUUCGCCGCAGCCGGCCCGUCUCCUGCCACCCGAGAACUUUGAAGAAGGUGAACCCUUCUUAUUUGAGGUCAGUUUGGAGAUUCGUGAGAAAGAGGAAGGCAAGAGCACUUACGAAAUUGUACCGCGGCAAAAAGGCUUCUUCAAGCUCCGGACAGAUGUCGAGAAGAGAGUGGUCUUAAAUGUACGGCAGAUUUCGCGCAAUCAUUGUCAUUUGGUCAUUGAACGUUGUUUCGGCAUGUUGGUCAGUCCUGGGCGGAAUGUGCGGCACGCGGACAUGCAAUUGUUGGAACGCGUUACCAUGACCAAUGCCACGCUGGUCGCCCCUAGCGACGGCGGUCAGAGCUCCACGAGUGGUGCCGCCAAUUGUGCCGGACAGAUCAUCACCGGGACUUGGGAUCCGAGCGAGGCCUCGUUUGCUAUGUUGAACCAAGAAACCUCGGCCGACCGGUCCCCGGUGUACAUGACAAUUGCAGCCGAUCUGGUUAUCGCGCAAGUGGCGGAACCCGUUAGAUUUGUCAUGGAGACGAAGGCCCGAAUCUUUCCCACGUCCGAGAGAUAUUGGUACUUUUCCAAAAAGAGCGUCGUGAAGCAAUUCCAGAUCCGACUCAAACGAUCCAAGGAACCGCAAGGCGAGAAGAUUUUUGAUCUGUGCGGCAUAGAUGUCAGUGAGGAGAUUGAUCGGGUUCGUGGUGGGAGUAUCACAUCUCAGAUAGCCAGCUUGACGGCAUCGACUCUUGGGUCGUUUCGGAACCAAUAUGGUCUUGUGACGGUGGAUGAACCAAUAUCUCCCCCCUGUGAGGAGGACGAAGAUUCCGAUGGCGAGGAGCCCCUACUCUCCGGAUUCGGCGAGGUCAGCAAGGACUGCAGUGGCACCGAGUUGGAGCUGUGGAGCCAAGUCCUCCAAGAGUGGGCCACUGACAAUCCUUUGCAGUUCCCCAAACAGUUGCCACGCUUGGUCAAAAGGGGCAUUCCGGAGGCACUCCGAGGGGAGGUGUGGCAACGGAUGACCGGGGCUAGUGCCCAUGUCGAGCAAACCGUUGAAAGCUAUCGCCUUUUAACCACACAAGAGUCCCCGGACGAAAAAGUCAUUCUUCGUGAUAUUCAUCGCACGUUUCCCGCUCAUGAGUUCUUCAAAGAAGCGGGAGGCAUCGGCCAAGAGGCUCUUUAUCGCAUUGCCAAGGCUUAUUCCAUCUACGAUUCCGAGAUCGGAUACUGUCAGGGUCAAAGCUUCCUCAUCGCCUCGCUCUUGCUUCAAAUGCCGGAAGAGCAAGCUUUUGGAGUUCUAAUACAAGUCAUGCAUCGUCUGGGUCUCCGGGAUAUGUUUCGGGAAAAUUUCGAACAGCUUCAAUUGCGCCUGUAUCAAUUGGACCGACUCAUCGAGGCGAACUUUCCCGAUCUAUGGCAACACUUUGCCGACAACGGGAUCGAAUCCCACAUGUACGCCUCCCAAUGGUUUCUGACCAUCUUUACGGCCAAAUUCCCUUUGUUUCUCGUGUUCCGUGUGCUGGACGUGUUCCUGCUUUUCGGGUUCGAUUCCAUCUUCCAAGUGGCUCUGGGCAUCUUGAAAGUGUCCAAAAAGGAUAUGCUUUUCCAAGAUUUCGAGGGCUUGAUGAAGUAUUUCCGUGUGAAUAUCCCAAAACGUUAUCGGAGUGAGGAAAACGCCAAACAUCUGAUGGAAGUGGCCAAGGGGAUCAAAAUCAAACGCUUGAACAAAUAUGAAGGGGAAUGGCUGCACAUCAAAGCGGCUGAACGGGCACGAGAAGAUCCCGUAAUUCGCUUAGAGCGCGAGAAUAAGAAGCUUCUCAAUGACAAUCUCCGAUUAGACACCGAGAACGACAACCUGGCCCGUCAAUUGGUGAACUCGAAAAUCGAGAUGCGCAAGGAGAUCGACAACAUUGAGGAUGAGAAAGAUCUCUUUGAGAAGGAGGCCUCCAGCGCCAAGACAUUAUUACAGGAGAACGCUGAGGAGAACAAGCGACUUCAUCAGCAAGUAUUCUCUCUCAAGGAAUUGUUAAAACGAGAGGUGGCCAAAUCCGAUGCCGAAUUGGCCACCAAAGCCAAUGUCAUCGCCGACUAUAAGCUCAUCACUUCUCAGUUGAGCGAGAAAUUGGAGAAAUUACUAAAUCAAGCCAAAGAAAACACCAGGAAGAGUCAGAAUUCAUCUUCCACCACGGAGAUAUGUGAUAGUAGCACCAGUAGUAAUAGCAGUAGCCACAACAACCCUGUGGACAAUGACAGUGGCAAUCUACAGGAUCUGGACCAAGCCAACGAGCGGGUUCGCGAGCUAGAGUUGGAGUUGGCUCAGACCAAAUUGGCUUUGGUGGAAACCGAAUGCCGCCUACAAGAUGUCUCUCACCACAUGAACGCCCUGACCAUGAGCACUUCCAGUGGGCAUCCCGAAUCCGGCAGUGGCUCCCACGCCUCGGGCUCGUUUCGAAGCACGUGGUUCUCCAAAACCCUGAGUUCGAUCAAGGAAACUACCACCCACGCUGCGGCCUCAUCCAAAGAUGCCAUUCGGAAGAGCAAUUCGAUUGAUGUACUCAAAAGUGGUGGAGACUUCCAAUCGCACUGAGGGUAUGAUGCUAUUGUGCACCUGCUUCUUAACUCAACUAGUGUUCCCUUCAUUCUCAUAUCCUCCGUUCGAGAAACCUAUCGACCCAAUGAUCACCUGUUAUCUGCGUAUACCAACCCAUCCACCCAGUGUCAAAAUAAUCGGUAAAGUCUAACCAGAUUUUGUUAUUUUCAUCUGCUAUUCAUGGUCAUUCCAUUGCUUUCACGAAUUCCUCGAUUAACUUCUCUGCAUUGACAAUAAAACAAGAACCAUCGGA